AUGGCUCCAGCAACUGAAGUCAAGAACUGGGUCGCAUCAACAUCACCAGGACAGGGCGUGUCCGACGACGAGGAAGUCGAUAAAGAAACUAUGAACGAGCUUACUUGGGAUAAUCUAUACCUGCGCGCACGGCCUAAAAUCAUUACAUCUAAAAUCUCAAUUCGAAUACCAUUUUUGACUGAUGAGCUGCUACGGCUGGUAACGGGGACGAGUGCAGCUUCACAAGUCCAACUGUCGGACUUGAUCAAGCUGUUGUUUCAGACGAUUCCGAGAUACGAGGACUCCGCAUCGCGCAAUGCUGUACUCAAUGUAUUAGGAGCGCUCAUCCGCCGUAAUGAUAUAGACCCCGGACAAAAUUCAAAUGGAGAAAAACCCAAGCUCAUGUCGACAAUAAUCAAGUGGAUAUCACACGAGUCUGCAAAGCUUUGCGAAAGCCCACAUGGCAAUGCCACGAGUGCGGGGAGUACCCGUUUGGCGAUGCUGAUCUGGUCCUGUCAUCUUCUUGGCAUGAUAUGCCAGUCGCACAAAGAAGCUAAAUCGGGGACCGUCAAGGACCUCGCCGUGAUGCUCAACGCACUAGGUCAGCUAUUAGACAGCAUGCACGACCCAGCUUCCACUCGGCCGGUCUUUCAAAAGUCUGCUGUGGUCAUAACUAGACGAGUGAUUCGCAAUAACUACGAGCAAAUUCCACAGAUUUUGGACAUCUUGGUACAGCUUUCAUCAACUUCUGCCAAUGCCUGUCUCCUGGGCCUGGUGAUAGACGUUUCUUUAAGGUUGAGAGUCGGCAAAGAAAGAGACAAAGGCAGUGUUGACGGUGUAGGAUUAGGCUACAUCUCGAUCCACAAGGAUAAAAUUCUUCAAUGGUGGAUAUCUCAAGUUCUAUCUUCUCGAACGCAACUCCCUUCUCGGACUACGGCCGCAUUUGGUGAUUUUUUUCGGAUCUCAUCAACUGCAGAAGAUUAUCCAGAAAAAGUUGCUCCAAGCGCCCAUAAGAUGAUGCUCCGCUCGCCUGAGAUUGCUAUGCCCGCGCUGUCUAUUUAUCUUGAUAUGUCUCCUCACAAGCUUUCGGCGGAAAGCCGCCUAGAAUUCUUGCCUCUUCUCUUGUCAGCCAGUAAAAGCAGCAAGUCAGAGAUCAAAACAGCGUUGCUACCCUUUUUCGAAACAGUUUUUCAAGAUAUCCCUAGUCCACAUGUACCUACAAUUGCCGAGGAAGUCAGCCUUCCUCUCAAAACGGGCAAAAUCUCGAGCCCUGAACAUCGCGCGGCCUUAUUGAACUUUUUAGGAAGCUUGAGACCCGGGGAGCACUCAUCUAAGUUGGUUACCAUCUGCUGUGACACACUGAUGAAAGAGACGAACGAAGAAGCGUUAAAUGGACUCCGGCUUGCUAUCACUAAUCACCUUUCAUUCAUACUCUCCAGUGAGGGGCUUGACGCUCCCACUGCGUUGGCGAUCACUAAAGCGAUGCAAGAUAUCAAACCACUGACUAGAAGGACCGCGUGUAAUGCUGUCGGACUGGUAUUUUGGAAGUCAAAUUACGAAAGAACUGAUUCUGAACCUGUCAUCGAGGUGAUGCCAUCUACUGUCGAGCUGCUCGCAUCUCCACUUAGUAAGGCUUUCGAGGCGAACCUGAAGAAUGCAUCUACGAACCCUCUCACGUCUGCAGCGGGUCCUCUGGAAGGAUACGUAGCUGUCUCCCUUGCAAACACAUGCUUGUUUCGUGACCAUCCUCUAAUCUCAGCCAUUCGAAAGAAUAAUCAAGUUUUGACAACGCUUACAGCCGGCCCACCUAAGCCUAACUUCAUGUACCUUGAAAAACUAUACCGAAGAGCGACUUUUACGGUUGAUGAGAGCAUGUGGCUUGUUCGUGCACUGGAUUCUGUCUUUGGCACCGUCCUAGAACAACUAAAGCGAGAUUCGGCAUUCCGGAUUUUGAAUGCUCAGGCCGUAUUGUUCUUAUGCACCGAGUCACCCUAUCAUCUCACGCGACAGUUUGCGCUUUCUUCACUUUGCUGUUGGUUCAAGGCUGACCCUAGCGUUACAAUCUACGUUCUUCUUGACGGCUUGAAACUUUUACUUACCUCGGUCGUCGAAUCUGGCGAUACGAUCAAAUGGUCAAGGAUGAAAUGCGUAUUUUCAACCCUCUUCAAAGCGACCGCCAAAUGGGAUGAAGCACUUCGAGUUAUGCUUCUGAGUGAAUGCUUUGUUGUAUGUCAUCACGUGUUUUUUGGUACGAGUUUUUUCGCUACUUGUCCCCGCGGUGGAGAUUACCUGGUGCAUUCUGCCGGACUCGAUCCAAAAUCGGUCAUCACCUCGAACUUCACGAGCCUUCAGAAUAAUGUCACGACAGUCCUAACACAGGAUUCGAAUCGUCAGACUCAUUUGGCUGACGCUGCAUAUCGAUCUAUAUCCAGUCUAUGCUUUGUGGUUCCUGAUAUUGCUGUUCCUAUGUAUGUCACGGAGAUUGUGGAUUCGUUGAAGUCUGAAGCCAUCACGUUCAUUGGUACAUUCGAGACAGGUGUAUGGAACACACCAGUGGGACAGACCUAUGUUGAUGUUCUUUCUUCCCAGAAGGAUAACAGCUCUCAAACAAAGAAUCGAAAAGACAAUUCUAUCGAGGCCUGGGAGCUUGAGUUACGUGCUGAUCUUGAGCGAAAAAAAGCUGGUGGUACCAAAGUCCUGAGUAAAGCCGAAAAAGCGUUGGUGGAGACCCAGCUAGCGAAAGAGGCGGAUACCAGAAAGCAUGUCACUACAACGUUGCAUAAGCUAAGACACGCCUUCAAGCUGAUUCAUAGCCUUAUCGAGGCACGCAAGGGCGCCGAGCAAACACUGGCCGACUAUACCGCGACUCUGGUAGAAAAGUUGAGUGCUGUGAUGCACACGGACGCGAUGGGCCUGGUGGCUCCUGAGGCAAUAUCUGCUUUCACGGCCCUCGGGCAACUAUGUAUGGCGAAGCUCGGUAGCCUUCAAGGACCCUUGACCAUUGCUGUUUUGCGUGGUAUGAACGCUCAAGGGCUGUCCACAGAGGUGACUGCCGAACCGCUAAGUGACCUCGUGACCCGCGUUCUAUACAAGAUAAGGUCGCUAGCUGAACAGCAGAUCCUCGAUGGCCUCAAUUUCUGCUACGUCUCACCUUUCUUGACUCGCGUCAUACAAUCAAGAGGGAUCGGUGUUACUCCUACUAACAUCGAAGAGGGGAUCGAGCAAGUUGCUUUGGUGAUGGACAUCAUGAUUUUUUCCGGUCCACAAGCUUGCAAGGUUCAUGAUCUUCGGUCGACAAUCAUGCAGAAUUGUCUGUCCGUAAUCGGUGCUUUCCCGCAGUUGAUCAAGCCAGCAACCACGGCUCUGAUCAGCAUUGGAUCAGCAAUAUCAGUAGAUGCUUCAGACAAAGACAUACAGACACUCCUCGGAGGACUUCUUUCUCCUGAAGCCCAAGCGAGAUACGCAGCGUUGCAGGCGGCUCUGCCGCUCGAUUUGACAGACAUCGGCUGGUCUGCAGAAGUGUUUUUAGCUUGUCAUGAUGAUGAUGAACGAAACGCAAAUCUUGCGUCGGACUUGUGGGCUGAGAAUGGUCUCAAGACUCACGAACAGGGUCUGGAUUCUAUACUACCACUAUUAGAACAUCGUGCUUCUCCUGUUCGAAAUGCCGCUGCCAAAUCUCUUGCUUCGGCCGUUGGUGAUAGGCCGCAUCUGUCCAAGCAGAUUUUGCAAGCAAUCUCAUCUAGAUAUGAAUUUCUCGCGAGAGAGUUGGUACCUGAAUAUGAUCAAUUUGGGAUGAUCAUACCUGAAUCUCUUGAUAGGGAGGAUCCCUGGCCGGUCCGAUUUGCUCAAGCUGAUGCGUUAUGCGCCCUGGCACCGUUUUGGACUCCACAAGACAUUAUACCACUUUUUGAUUUUCUUGUAGUCAAGCAGAGCUUGGGAGAUCGGAAUGAGGACGUCCGCACCAGGAUGCUGGCGGCUGGGAAUGCGGCCAUUGACCUGCACGGAGCACAUCAUCUAGAAAAAUUGAUUGCGACAUUCGAAGAGGUUCUCACACGCGGCAGCACUGGGUCUGACGCGGCAGAUUAUGUCACGGAGUCUGCGGUGCUCUUAUUCGGUCGGCUCGCUCGCCACCUAAGCGCUACAGAUGAACGUUUAGUAAUAGUGAUCGAUCGACUGGUUGAUGCCUUGAAGACGCCUUCGGAGGUAGUGCAGAGCGCAGUGUCUGAUUGUUUGCCACCUUUGGUUCGCUUACAACAAGAUCGAGUCCCAAUCUUAAUACAGCGAUUAUUGCAAGAUACUCUGACGGCCUCAAAAUACGCAGAGCGACGCGGGGCCGCCUACGGACUAGCUGGUGCUAUCAAAGGUCGAGGUAUAACUGCGUUGAAAGAUUUUUCAAUCAUAGAUAGCUUGCGUGAUGCUCUAGAAGACAAAAAGAACACGCGCGGUCGACAGGGCGCCUUAUUUGCGUUCGAAAUACUAGCGAGCUCUCUUGGACGGUUGUUUGAACCUUAUCUGGUUCAGGCUACAUCGAUACUACUAUCAACUUUUGGUGAUGGGUCCGCCGAUGUCCGAGAGGCUAUUCAAGACACUGCACGAAUGAUCAUGAAAGGAUUGUCUGGACACGCAGUGAAGAUGAUUAUGCCGGCUCUCUUAGAGGGUCUUGAGGAUAAGCAGUGGCGGACUAAAAAGGGGGCCAUUGAAUUAAUGGGCGCGAUGGCGUAUCUUGCCCCGAAACAACUUUCAAUGUCAUUGCCGACCAUCAUCCCACGCUUGACAGAAGUCCUAACUGAUACUCACGCUCAAGUUCGCGCAGCGGCCAAUGCUAGUCUCAAAAAGUUCGGAGAAGUAGUUUCCAAUCCCGAGAUUUCUGCCAUGCAGGACAUCCUUCUUGCGGCAUUGGUUGAUCCAGCUCGGAAGACAGCACGAGCAUUGGAGGGACUACUCGGUACUGCUUUCGUACAUUACAUCGAUACAUCUUCGCUCGCACUAGUCGUCCCUAUCAUUGAGAGAGGCCUCCGAGAGCGUAGCGCCGACAUCAAGCGCAAAGCGACUCAAAUCGUGGGAAACCUUGCUACUCUAGCAGAGGCAAAAGAUCUGUCACCUUAUUUGCCCCAGCUGAUGCCAAAAGUCAGGCAAGUGCUGGUUGAUCCUGUUCCGGAAGCUAGAGCGACUGCAGCUAAAGCGCUAGGAAGUCUCGUAGAACGAUUAGGGGAAGAUAGUUUUCCUGAACUCGUCCCUUCAUUAUUUGAAACGCUUUGUGCCGACGCCAGUGGUGUCGAUCAACAAGGUGCAGCGCAAGGUCUCAGCGAAAUCAUGUCAGGACUUGGAAUUGAAAAACUUGAAGAUUUAUUACCCGAAAUCAUCAGUAAUACCAGCAGUCCAAGGGCUUAUGUUCGAGAAGGGUUCAUUUCCCUGCUCAUCUUUUUACCUGCUACCUACGGUGACCGGUUCUCACCAUACCUCGGCCGUAUCAUCCAGCCAGUGCUGAAUGGUCUGGCGGAUGAUUCGGAUUACGUGCGAGACGCAUCAAUGAAAGCUGGAAGGAUGAUCAUCACCAAUCAUAGCGCCAAAGCCGUCGAUUUGUUGUUGCCAGAACUUGAACAUGGUCUUUUUCACGAAAGUUGGAGGAUUCGUCAAAGUUCAAUCCAGCUCAUAGGAGAUCUGUUGUUCCGCGUGUCUGGCAUCACUGCCAAGGCAGACAUUGACGUCGACGGAGAAGAGGACGACGCCGUGGCGCCGACCGCGGAGGCCUCUCGUGUCGCUCUAGUCGAUGUCUUGGGAAAAGAUCGUCGCGAUCGCGUACUUGCGGCAAUCUACAUCAUCCGCCAAGAUUCAUCUGGCAUCGUUCGGUCAACUUCAGUUCACAUCUGGAAGGCCUUAGUGCAUAAUACACCCAAAACCGUCCGUGACAUCAUGCCAGUCCUCAUGCAAACCUUGAUUCGCACCCUAGCGAGUAGUGGAGAAGAACAACGGGAGGCUGCUGCACGAACCCUGGGUGACUUGGUUAAAAAACUGGGCGACAGCGUUCUCAGCACGAUCACAAACAUCCUCCAAAAAGCGAUGCUAUCUGACGACAUUCGGACUCGGCAGGGUGUGAGCUUGGCGAUCAUAGAUGUGAUCUCCAGUAUCACUCAGAAUCAACUAGAAGAUCACGAAGGACCUCUCAUUGCAAUUGUGAGGAUGGCUUUGGUGGACCAAGACCCAAGCGUCCGAUCUACUGCUGCACAGGCAUUUGAUUCUCUUCAACAACGUGUGGGUAGUCGAGCAGUCGAGGAAACGCUACCCACUCUACUGAGCGCAUUGCGUCAACCUGGCGCUGCAUCAGAAGCUGCUCUCGCUGCCUUGAAAGAGCUUAUGCGUAUCAGAGCUGCUAGCAUAUUGCCCAGAUUACUCCCAGUACUCACUAAAUCCCCGAUCACAGCAUUCAAUGCCAGGGCACUGGCUAGUCUUGUUUCGGUUUCCGGCAGCUCAGUCAAUAGAUACUUGUGUGCGAUUGUCGACAGCCUAAGAUCAGCAUGGCUUACAGAGCAAGACGAAGACAUUCGAACCGCUUUGGAUAAUUCACUGCGUGUAUUAUUUGAUAGCAUAAAAGAAUCAGAUGCUAUGAACACGUUGAUGAUGCAUUUGCUUGAACUUGCCAAGUCACCUUCACCGGCCCAACGAAUCGACGGUUGUAAUCUUUUCGGGAUCUUCUGUUCCUCCAACACCAGUGACGGGUCAGAAUAUCACAUCCUCUGGAUUCGGCAGCUAUUUUCACUUUUUGAAGAUCCAGUCCCAGAAGUGAUUGAUUCAUCGUGGAUGGCCAUGGAUGAGAUGGUCAAGACUAUACCCAAAGCCUCACUUGACAGCCUCGUGGUCCCUCUCCGACGAACGAUCGAGACCACUGGCUUGCCAGGCCGACAUUUGCCGGGUCUUUGCCGACCGUCGGGACUGAGGCCUAUCAUGCCCAUUCUUCUGCAAGGUAUCCUGACAGGUACCGCAGAACAACGUGAACAGGCCGCCUUGGCUUUUGGCGAUGUUGUGGAACGAACGUCACAAGAGUUCAUUAAACCUUAUGUCACCCAAAUCACAGGCCCCCUCAUUCGAAUCGUUGGAGAUCGUUUCCCCGCCCCGGUCAAGUCGGCUAUCCUACAAACAUCCGCUACCCUGUUGCAGCAGAUACCUCAAUUUGUUAAACCCUUCUUUCCCCAGCUUCAACGUACAUUUGUCAAAUGUGCAUCUGAUAUGAGUUCGGGUACAGUUCGAAGCAAAGCAGUGACGGCUCUUGGGCUCUUGAUGAAACACCAACCACGGGUGGAUCCUCUUGUCACAGAGUUGUUGGGAGCGAUAAGAGGUGCUGAAGACGACGAGAUACAAGAGUCGAUGACGUCUGCUCUCGCGGCCGUAACCUGCAAUGGUGGCAUGAACAUUAGUGAUAGUGUUAUGUCUUCAUUGAUAUCAUUCACGGAAGAGACUUUGCAGGCACCGCGGCAUCUUGAACCUUUUGCUAACGCGAUGGCCCGCUUAGUGUCAGCAAUUGCACAAACCCAAACGCCAGGAUUCCAUGCUCUUAACAUAUAUUUGCUUGCCGAUCCUACAACACCAUUGGCGAUCAUGUGUUUGCGAGAUUUGGUUGAGCUCGCUGGUGACGCUAUCCAGCAGAUGGGCGUAGAUGAGCCAAUCACUUCGCGUAUCUUGGCAAUUGCCGCAGAAGUUCAGCCGCCGGUUAUCGGUAGACCAGCAAGAGAAGCAAAAGAGCUUCUCCGAUUACGAGGCAAAUUGGCUGAUGACUGACUGGGGAUGAGAUAGCUUCCGAGAGAAUGAUGUGGAUUUAAAAAUGACAAAAUGCCUAACAUGAAUAGAAGAUGCACUUGAUGAAAGUCCUGUACUUGUUCGGCAUCGUGCUGUCAUUGCACCGAGUGAGCAAAAGCCUCUCAAGAAAGGAGAAGAUGGCUGGUUUGGAAUGGCUGUGGUGCUCAUCAACAUCAUAUUUGCAUAUACUUACAAACAAAUAUACAUGGCCAGAAAACUGCUCCAAACCCUUGAUACCAAUAGCUAAAGUGCAGUUGGACAAUGCAGCUCAUGGAUAUCGCAAUGUAAUGUAAUAUGUCCCG